UUUUAUAAUAUGUUUACUUCAAAUUUCAGCGCAAGUACAAAAUCAUCAGUUAUCGACGAAAGAUUUGAAGCAGAAGAAUGGAUGCCUACCCUUGCUUCAACACCCGUAGAGUGGGGAUCUUUAUACUAUGUCUCAUCAUUAUCAUAGAUUGCUACUUCCAUCUAUCAAUGUACUACGAAAUGAUAACAAAACGCGGUAGGAGAAGAACUUAUGACGUCCCAAAGCUAACUCCCCAAAAUGGUUCAACUUCUCGUUAUAGAUAUUCUUUAAUGGAUUCGCAGGACGCUUUUAUGGAUUACCAAAAAGUCUUCAAUUCUUCCUACUACUGGUUCAUGUCAAUGAAGCCGUUCUUUAAAAAUAUAGCUGCAGAACUACCACCAGUGUAUACGAACGACACGCCACGAUGCAACUUAACUGGUUCAUCAAAUAAUAUAGGAUUAAAGUUAUUCAACGCAACUGGACCCAAAUUCCAUCAGAUUGAACAAAGCCCUGCCCUCGCUGCUGUCAAACUGGGGGGUUAUUAUGCGCCGGCGCACUGUCGCCCUGCACAACGAGUGGCUGUUGUAGUUAUUGUGCCAACCUCAUAUUGUAUCACCAGUCGUUUGGUUCUACUUCAUAAUCUCCACGCUCUGCUACAGAAACAACUUUUGGAGUACAGAAUAUUUCUUAUUCCACGAUUUGUUGGAGACCCAAAAGGCACUCUAUACAACAUCGCGUUCCUGGAGAGUCAACGGUUCGGCUCCUGGGACUGUCUGAUCUUCCACGACGUGGACCUGAUCCCUGAGGACGAGACGAUCUCCUAUUCCUGUCCAGAGCAUCCGAAACAAAUACUUUCUUGGGGUAACAGGUCAAGCGGAAUAGUGAGAGCACUGACACCAGAUCAGUACCAAGCUGUGAACGGAUACUCCAACAUGUAUGUGGACUCAGAUUUAGCGGACUUCGAUUUUUCUGGCAGGCUUGAAGCGAUGAACUACGAUAUAGUGAAACAAAACGAUUCUGUUGCUCUAUUCAGAAUAAUGGCAAAUGUCACAAACCACCUUGAUAAUAGCCGGGCUUCACUUAUCACAAUGAACCGACUGCUUUUACCAAAGGAAGGUCUUUCCACCACGAAGUACAAGCUGAUCAGGGUCGACCAGGACAAAAUAUUUACCUACAUACUGGCGCUCAGCGUCAACGACAUAUUGCUGCAAUACGAUCCUAUAAAAGUCAAAUAAAUAAAUUCAUAAUCACCAUUGACUCGAAAUUCCCGGUCGUGUGACAAAUGUCUAUUUUUUAGAGAAAUUGUACUUAGCUGUCGUGUCUUGUACAUAAUUGUGAAUUUCGUAUGUGUAUUGUGUACGGUAAAUAAAUUAAAGUGUAUUAUUAAAUUAAUUUAAUGUUACUAGCACUUGGAUUCUUUGAUGACUCAGUACGAUCAUGUUCAUUAUCUACAUUCGUGUGGGGACACACAGACAUGUUAGCAUAUUAGGAACUUAGCGUCAGUAUGUAACCUAGCGUUUAAGGUAUGAAAUAAACACAGUUGGCAUUAGACUCUCGAGCGUAUCAUUCAGAUUAUUGUAUCCAAUUAUUUUUGAUUUAAACAAAAACA